AUGAGUCAGUUGCAUACCGUGAAGGACCAGGGUUGUACUUCCAUGCAUUGUGCAACCAAGGCACCCAACCUGGAAUCCCUGAACCAAAACUGUAAGCCUCGUCAUACCGGGUCGAAAAACACACGAAAAGAGAAAGAGACAGAACAAGUAUACACCACCCGCCGUAGUAUUCCGAUUCGGGCGCCCUGCGAGAGCCCAGCAAGCUCUGACAAUUACGUGAACCCCGUACCAUAUCCAACUGCCCAUGCCUCGUUGCUCGAUGCAGUCCCCCGAAUGGGCGAUGAUACAGCAGACCGCGAGACAUAA